CCUGGAAGCGCUUUCCUCACCGCUCAGGUUGCGAAACCCAGCGGCCCUCCCUCGGCUCCCCCCGGCCUCUUAUACCCGCGAGAGGCGCCACCCGCAGCCCUCGCCCAGCCGGCCCGCGCCCCGCCGCAGCUGCGCUGGACCGCGGCCGCCGCGCCCGAGCACUUCUCAGCAGUGCCUAGUCUGUCAUAGUCAGUGCUCUUGUUAACACUGCGGAUACAUUACUGAACAAAAGAGACAAGAAAGAAAAAGAAAGAAGAAAGAAGAAAGAAGAAAGAAAAGAGAAAGAAAGAAAGAAAGAAAGAAAGAAAGAAAGAAAGAAAGAAAGAAAGAAAAGAAAAGAAAGAAAAAUUUAAAUUAUGGAAAAAACUUCUACAGAUGCAUUUCCUUCUAUUAUAUAUUCUUCAGAAAAGCAAGAGACUGUAUGCAUUUUUGGAACUGGAGAUUUUGGAAGAUCACUAGCAUUUAAAAUGCUCCAGUGUAAUUAUUCUAUUGUUUUUGGAAGUAGAAACCCCCAGAAGUCCAGUCUGCUGCCCCAUGGUGCAGAGAUCUUCAGCUAUUCAGAAGCAGCCCAGAAAUCGGAUAUCAUAAUCAUAGCAGUCCACAGAGAACAUUAUGAUUUUCUCAAGGAACUAACUGAGGUGCUCAAAGGAAAAAUACUGGUUGACAUCAGCAACAACCUCAAAAUCAAUCAGUAUCCAGAAUCUAAUGCAGAGUACCUUGCUCAUUUGGUGCCAGGAGCCCACAUAGUAAAAGCAUUUAACACCAUCUCAGCCUGGGCUCUCCAGUCUGGAACACUGGAUGCAAGUCGGCAGGUGUUUGUCUGCGGAAAUGAUAGCCAUGCCAAGCAAAGAGUGAUGGAUAUUGUUCGUACUCUUGGGCUUACUCCACUGGAUCAAGGAUCUCUCAUGGCAGCCAAAGAAAUUGAAAACUACCCCCUGCAACUAUUUCCAAUGUGGAAGUUCCCCUUCUAUUUGUCUGCUAUUCUAUGUGUCUUCUUCUUCUUCUACUGUGUUAUAAGAGAUAUAAUCUACCCUUAUGUUAAUAGCAAGAAAGAUAUCACAUUUCGCUUGGCUAUUUCCAUUCCAAAUCGUAUCUUUCCGAUAGCAGCACUUACACUGCUUGCCUUGGUUUACCUCCCUGGUGUUAUUGCUGCCAUUCUGCAACUGUACCGAGGUACAAAAUACCGCCGAUUCCCAGACUGGCUUGACCACUGGAUGCUUUGCAGAAAGCAGCUUGGCUUGGUAGCUCUGGGAUUUGCCUUCCUCCAUGUCCUCUACACACUUGUGAUUCCUAUCCGUUAUUAUGUACGAUGGACACUGAAAAACAGAACCAUUACCCAGGCAACAGCCAAGACACAAGAUCUAUUUAGCACUUCUACUGCCUGGCUUAGUGAUUCCUACGUAGCUUUGGGAAUCCUUGGGUUUUUCCUGUUUGUACUCCUGGGAAUCACAUCUUUGCCAUCAGUUAGCAAUAUGGUCAACUGGAGAGAGUUCCGAUUUGUACAGUCCAAACUGGGUUACUUGACCCUGAUCUUGUGCACAGCCCACACCUUGGUGUACGGCGGAAAGAGAUUCCUCAGUCCUGCAAGUCUCAUAUGGUAUCUUCCUUCAGCCUAUGUGAUAGCGCUCAUCAUUCCCUGCACCGUGCUGGUGAUCAAGUUUAUCCUCAUCCUGCCAUGUAUAGACAAGACCCUUACACGAAUCCGCCAGGGCUGGGAGAGGAACUCAAAACCAACAUCAGAUGGACAAUAUUUAAAGCAAAGCUCAAUUCACCUGGACUCUCAAUUAUAGUAUUGUAUAUUUAGAGGAGACUACGUAAUGCACACAGCUAAGAAAGAAUUUUUCUCCCACUAUGGCUUAAAGUUUGUUAACAGAGAAGGAACUGCUGCCUGACUUUUAGAAAUUGACAGGAAUAGAUUGCCAUUUAAUCUCAGGUUAGUGAUGAAUCUAUGGAGGUCCCUGCCUCUCUUCUUCCCGGAGGCAGCGGGGCUAAGGUCACAGUUAGCUUUGUGGUUUCACACUAAAAAGUUUUUUUGCAAAAAAAAAAAAAAAAAAAAAAAAAAAAAAAAAGUUUUUUUUGCUUUGGGCAACAUGCAUGACCUAAUGUCUUGCAAAAUCCAGGGGAAAUACAUGCAACUUCCUUUUCUGGUUCAAGAGCUGAAUGCAAAGAAAAAGAAACAGUACUGAGAUACAUCUGAGAAGGAGGACCAAAUGAAGUAAAAGACAUGAGAAUUUUUCUUACUGUUCUUUGUAAGUGAAGGUGAUCAUAAGCAUUGCCAUAGUGAAUUCUGUAGUUAAUGUACUCUUUGAUUUUGCUUUUGCCAACAUGGAUCUGUACUGUGGAGAACUAUUUUAUAACACCACAAAAAUAUCACAACUGAUUGGAAGUAACCAUGGGUUGGAUAUAUGCAAAUCUAUUAUUCUUGUCAUAAGAUCCUUUCUCUAAAAGGAAUAGGUGUAGGGAAAGGUGUACACUGAGUUAAAAUUGAGAGAUAUCCGCUUGGAUUUUCUCAAUAUACAAUAAGCAAGGAAGGGUUGAUAAAAGCCCUUGCACAAAAAGUUGAAAGAAAAAAAAAAAACAGAAUUUUAGAUAGCAAGCUAAAUGAAUUUUGUAAAGUUGCACUAUACUAGGAUUGCAUGAUUUAGGUAUUAUGGUAUGCUUGGUGAAUAGAAUAUUCCAAAUAUUGUUCAAUACUAAUCAUCUAUGAAAUGGAUUUCUAGUAUUAAAAAGUGGCUUACUAUAUCAAGGCUUACUAUAAUUUUAAGCAGUGAAAUUAAAUGAAUAAUGAAAGUAUAUAUUUGACCAAUGCAUAGAUGAAAGAGAAUUAUUUAAAAUCUUAGGGUUAGAGAGGUAUGAACAGUAGCUGCAAUAUGAGACUUGGUUCAUUCUCAAAUCUUUGCUGGAAUGCAGGAUGGUUUCCUCCAUCUCUAAUGAUAGUGCCAUUUCCAAGAUGACCUUCAGUAGGAUUGGCCUUCUUGGCUCAUGCAUGGAGCUGAAAGGAGCCUCAUGUGCCCUCUUUCCACAAACCGAAAUAAACAAAAGGCUUUGAGAUUGACAUUUUUUCUGCCUGCCUUAUAAAGGCCAUCUAUUUUUUCUUUUUUUUUUUCAACUUAUCAUAUCUACAUGAUGCAAAAUGAUUAAAGUAUAUUAAAACAUCACCCACCAUCUAGGAUAUUUCUCUAUAAAACUUUUUGAAAAUAGUUCCAUCUAUAUUCAAUUUUACAUCCUUCCUUUUUCACUUAAUGUAUCAGUGGUUUUAUUCUCUGACUUACAUGAUAUAUGUAUAUUAUUAGUGGCUGAAUUAUAUUACAUCAAAUGGGCAUUUAUUCAACCAUUAUACUAAACAUGUAGGUUAUAUCUGUUUUUUACUAAAACAAAUAACAUUUCAGAGAAUAUCUUAGCACUUAUAACUCUUUUCCAUUUUUAAAAUUAUUUCACUAGAAUACUUGGCAAGAAUUGAGAUUACAAAAUUAAGGAACUUUUAAUAUCAUUUAAUAUAUAUUGCCAAAUUAUUUCUAAAUUAACCUUGUCCAUAUCAUUUGCAUUGGAUGAAGGCACUGGUUUCAUCAUACCUUUCAUAGAUUUUGUCUUUCAUAUCAGUUCAUGUACACUGAGAAGGUACACAGAACACAUGCUUCAUUCAUUUAUCCAUGACCCACCUAAGCAAGGUUACGAAAAUCCUGGAAAACUGUGAGCAGACCUGUGGUGUGUGAUGCUGACCCUAGAGCAUCAAGGGAAAAGACAGAAAAUGUUGCUACUCAUCUACUCCAUUUUGUGCAAAACAGCCAUGUAAGUGUUCCAGAGUUGAAGGCUGCUCUUUUUCUAGAGAAUGGUUGCUUCAAAAUUAAAUACUAUCCAGGUUGAUGUAAAGAAAGCCUCUGGGGUUAGCCAUGCUUUUUGGUAAAGAGCUUUUACUGGGCCAUAGUUUGUCAAUAAAAUUGAAAUGCCACACUGAGGUAAAACCAAGCCUACCUAGAGUAAAACUCUAUUUUUAUAACCUAGUAAAAAUGUUCUGCCUGUGUAGUUAAGAAAAGCCAUCCAUGAAGCCAGAAGUUGAAGAACACCUCCAGUGGUUUUGGUGUUUUACAGUGCCAAGCCUGACCCUUGGCCUCAACCAUAAGGGCUCCAAGCCUCACAAUGGACCAGGGAAGCCAAUUUCCUCCUCUUGUUCCUCUCCAAAUCCUUCCUCCCCAAACCACCAAACCAACUUGAUUAUCCUAACACAGCUGACUCCUCUAGUUUACAUUGGGUUGGAAAGAAUGAGUUUGGAGUAGAUGGAAAUAGUGAACUGUACAGCUUUUAACAAAUCCAAACUGUUUUGCAUAAAAAAGUUAGACUAAGCUGCACUGUAUUCUAGGAAAAGCUUUAAGCUCAUAGACCUUUUAUUUUUGUAUGCUCUCCCCAUGUUAAGGGAUGACUACUUUUGUAAGUUUGUAUUCAUUAAAUGUUAUUUUAAAAAUA